AUGGCUGCUUUGGUCCAGGGCUACCCUCAACAAACUGGAUCAUUGACCAUGCUUCAAACACGGCCUUCUUCCGCUGGUGGCAUGCUGCCUCCUCAGAACCAGGGCUCGUCGCAGUACGCUGCCCAGCAGCCGCGCACCAGCUUCUACGGAACAUCCAAUAACAUGGGGGCAGCUCCUGUACUCUACCGCUCCUCUACGGCACCGAUCCAGCCAUAUGCAUUCACAUCUACCCCGAGCCUUCACGCCACAAAUGCAUGGCAGCCUCAGAUGCAGCAGCACUCACAAUACACCACGGCCGGCAACUCUCGGACCUCCAACACCGCUCCUCAAUUGCCCAGAGUGCAGAGCUUCGACAGUGCUCAGAGCCUUGCACGGAUCAGCCGCCAGCCGGCCAGCGCCUCCACGAACAACCUGGCUACCGGCACACCUGCCGCGAACCGUUUCGUAGGCAGUCGCGACGACUCAUCAUUGCCUACCCAGGGUGUUCGUCGUGUGUCUGCUACACCGCGACCUCAGUCCGCCGCCUAUCUGACUGGUUCUGCUCCGCAGCUCUCAUUUACGCAAGCGAUCCCUGCUCGGCCCUCCCCAGACAGAUACAGGCGGCCGGCUGGCAACUCGUCGCAGCAACAGCAGAAGCAGGCUUCACAAUCACAGGCCUCUGCCGUGCCUUCCGGUUCCGGCAUGGCCAGCGUUGGCCACCUGUACGCCUCGAACGGCGGCAGCAACAGUAGCCUGCCCGACCAGCAACAAAAGUCCUCGAUGCUGCGCACGCAGCCUCUAUCUCAGCUGGGCGCGGAUCCACGCCGGAACAGUUUCCACGACAAUAUGCUGAGCGGUUUGGCUGCCGACGACAUCCAGCUGCAUCGCCAGUCCAGUGAUGAUGUGAAGCGGUUCCGUCGCCGUAGCAUGUCGUCUCUGAGCGCCUCCGAGUUCUCGAUUGCCCCUGUUCUGCCAAGGCCCGAGGAUUUCCGCCGGCAACAACAGCCUGCGCCAAGGAGCCCCACCAAGGAAAAGCUUCUGACGCCCGUGAACUCUCACCAACCUGUGGUGCAUCACACAAAGGCCGGCAGCUCUGAGAGCAUCGCAUCUCACCGCAGCAGUGGCUCGCGUCCAUCUUCUACCAACCGGAACAAGUCUUCUCUUGCAGGCUCCACUACCAAUCCUGCGUCUGCAGUCAUUGUCAACCAGAACGAUGCGCUUACCGACAAGAGCAAGGAAACCCCGAGACUCAUUAACAUCCCGCCCCGCAUCUCUUCCGAUGUCACCAGCCGUCUGGCUAGCACGUUGUCGUUCACUGGCACACCUGUCGACGUUGGUAGCGAAGGCAGCGAUGCUGGCGGUCCAAUCGUGACGGCCCCUCCCGCCAUCAACCAAAACGGCAACACAGCUAGCCCGGCUGGUAGCAUCCGCGAGGCUCCGGCGGCCCGGCCGUCUGGGAUGCCGAGCCACCUCGAGAGUCCUGCUAUGCGCCAUCUUUCUGCUAUCAACCAAAAGGGCGGCAGGCUUCGGAGCAAGACGUCAAAACUCCGCCGUGCGUUCUCUUUUGGUAGUGCUGCCGACUUCCGCAAGGCAGAUGGUCCGGACGAAGAAACUGAAAACGUGACUUCGCCGAACAAGUUGCAGAAGGAGAUGACCAACCAAGAGGCGUACGAUGCUGAGCAGGCUCGUAUUGCGCAGCAGCAGGAGGAGGGUGGCAUCGGCAGCAGCAUUUAUGGCGCCAAGAUCUUUUCGGGCUCGACCGACAACCUGUCCAUCUCAUCGACGGCUUCGUCUGCGUCCGUCAUGAUUCGCAAGAUGGGUCGCGGCAUGAAGAAGAGUACACGGUCGCUUGUCGGCCUGUUCCGGCCCAAGUCUGUCAUUGGUGUUCCAGCUGCAGACGGACCGGUGGCCAGCCCUGUCACAACGUCGAACGGCGAGGCCGUUGAGGCUACUGUUUCGAUGGUGACAGUAGAGGCUGAGCGCGAGCGUGUCAAUGUCAACUCAGAUCUUCACGAUAAAACCGGCGGUGGUACUGGCUUCCCGCGGCUGGAGAGAAACUCGAUUGAUGCCUCUCGCAUCUCCAUGACAUCUGACCGCCUGGAUAGCUCGGGCACCGACAACUCGGCGGCGGCGCGGAAGAGCAUCAUUGAGGGCGACAAGGAGCGUGCUGAGGUUCUGGCGGCUGUCCGGAAGGGCAUUCUGAAGAACACCAGCGGCGCCUCCAGCCCAUCGCGAAGUCCAGCGGACAUGCGUGGUCCCGCCCUUGAGCUGUACAACCCGCCUCCCAUUAGCGAAUCACCGGCGUCGAGCGCGCCUAGUACGCCCAACGAUGAUGUGCAGGGCCAUAAACGGACGGGCUCUGUGGCUAUUGGCGGCGAGGACUAUUUUGUCUCGGCGCUUCGUCUGCGCAACGACAGCCGCAGUGGUAGCAGCACGCCGCAGGGCUCUAUGAAGCGGUCUGCUACAUUCAGCCCCCGUAUUGUGUUCUACGACACAUGGCACAGCCAGGAGUACGAUCGCCGGGGCGAGAUUGCCACCUGCAACCGCUUGACACCUAUGCUUGCUCAGCAGAUCAAGGAGGAGCUGAAUAGCUUUAAAAUGGAAAUGGAGGUUCACGAAAACUCGAAGAUCUACACGCACUUCUUCUAA